AACAGCCUGAGCUCGCCUCACUCAGGGCAGUGCGGGACGCCAAGAUAGACGCGCACCUCUAUCCCUCUCUCUGGCGCACCGAAGCAGCCACAUGCACGCAGACAUCAACUUUCCUCUACCGGACUGACAUAACACACGCGCCGGGAUAAACUUCCCUCUUUCUACGGUGGAGAAGAGGAUAACGACUGACAGAUCGGGAGAAAGAUACUCCGAGAAAAGAAGGUUCUCUCGGGUGAAGAGGAGUACUGUUCCGGCAUUUCAUCUUGUCAAAGAUGGCAAAUCUUGUGACAUCGUUGUGCUGUGUAGUUCUGGCCGCAGUGGUGGUAGCCUACGCGCAGAGACGCAGUCAACUUGGCGCUCGCAACCAGUAUGAGCGAAUGGGCAGUGAUGUUACCAUGCAGUGCGGCUCCCUGGACAACGAUGCCUCCGUUUCUUGGAAGGUGAAUGGAACAGAUGUGAAGUUUCAGCACCAGCUAGAAGGACCCAGAUUGAUUCUGACCCAAGUGGACCUCGGCCACAAUGGACUCUACAGCUGCUUUCAGAACCCACACGGAGAGAGACGUGACACCAUCUAUCUCCACAUCGGCAUUCCCCCUCGAGAGCCUGCGGUGGUGUGUCGAUCCAACACUUACCCUAAAGGCUUCUACUGCAGCUGGCACCAGCAACACCCCACGUACAUCCCGACGACUUUCGAAGUGGACGUGCAACAUAAUCUUCGUUCACUGGAGGUGCAGAAGGAUCCGUCCCACAAGAAUCGUUGCCAUGUCCGUUUUCCAGAAGUCUUCUCCAGUGUCCCCUACAAGGUGAACGUGACGGCGGUGAAUUAUUUGGGGAAAGCUUGGACUGCCUACUCGUUUGAGGAGUCGUCCAUAGUGAAACCGGAUCCCCCAGAGCGUGUGACAGCCACAGCAAUACGUUACAACGCCCGGAGACUGGAGGUAACCUGGCGGAGCCCUGCAACAUGGCCCGACAUCGACCACUUUCCCCUGAAGUACUUCCUGCGAUACAGACCGCUCAUCCGAGAGCAGUGGCAGCAUGUGGAACUGACUGACAGCACCUCUCACACCAUCACCGACGCCUACGCAGGGAAGGAAUACAUCAUCCAGGUGGCUGCUAAGGACACAGAGAUUGGAACUUGGAGUGACUGGAGUGUUGCCGUUCACGCAACACCCUGGAUCGAAGAGCCUGUCAUAACUUCCACCACUGAGGUGGAGUUCUUCAGCGAGACCAAGACUUCGCCCAUCCCUUCCUCCAACGCCCCACAGAAGGCCGAACCACCAGUGGGCAGAGCUGCUCGCCUCCUCACAUUCUUUUCUCCUUUGCUGUUAGGAAUGCUGCUGCUGCUCAUGUGAUGUGUUAGUCCGAGUCCUGGAGCUAGAGGAGCAGGAGAUGAAGGCAGAAGAGGAAGACAAGGAGGAGGACGAAGUUUUCUUUUUCACUCUCACUCGCUCUCUCUGUCUCUCGCUCUCUCUUUUUCUAUUUUGCACAUGUGACCAGGAAGCAGUGCAUUGAUGGUUUGGGUCCAACCCAGUUACUCACCCGAAUACUUAGGUUUGAAGUGAUGAUGGCGCAUUUCUGACUUACGGUGACGAUGAGAUUCUUCAGAGGAACUUCUGAACGCAGAUCCAUCUUCUUCUUUUACCAUCAUCAUCCUCAUCAUCAUCGGCAUUGGAAGCUGCAGCACUUAUAUCAAAGGUCUUAUACUACCACCUGGUGGCUCUUACUAGCCACAGCCGACUCAUUUGUGCUCUGUCACCAAAACAGACCGCCCCACUUUUCCAGUUUCCGUCAUGAGACAUCACUGCUGCACUGUUGACACACAUGCACCGCGUAUGUGUAUGUGUGCACAGUGCCUCUAGCGCCCCCGCAUACAGCUAACUCACCAUGCCAAAGACUCCAGCGGUCUGUCCGAUCUGUGGCUCAACACAAUUCUUUGAGCCUACCUUGUGCCUACCUUCAACAAGGAAAUGAGAGAGGGAUGAAUUUGGGCAGAUCUUAGGAUCCUCUCAACCAUUUCACACCCACACACACACAAAGAAAAACGUUCAGUCACAACCCUGAAACUGCUCGCCUCGACAACCAAACCAGUUUGAAGGAACAUGAUCAGAGGACCGACUCUUGGAAGAUCUCUGUAAGCAUAGUUUGGCUUAUGUAGACAACCAUUCUGCUUCUAAGGAUCAGGAAAAAAAUUGGAUCGAGCGAUGUAUAAAAGUGAAGUGGAUUCAGAUUUGAAGACUUCUUUGCCCACAUACUUCUUUUUGUUUAACUUUGUAUCGAGUUGUUUUUGUUUUGUUUUGUUUUUGAAGCAUUGAUAUGAGCGAUAUUGUUGUUUUUCAUUCUGCUCUUUGCUGUAAAAUAACGCCAACACACUGUCCGCUUUCUAAAUUCUUAGCAAACCAGGACUAUCACAGGUUGAUAUUAUUUUACUGAACGAAAUAUUCAUGUGUUUCUGUUUACUUUUUUAUUGUGUGAACUGAUUAAACACACAUAUAGGAUGCUUAGUUGUAUUUUUUGUUUGUUUCUUUUUUUUUUCCCAGACAGUCAUAACGGUUUAAUUCUUCUCGAUCCUAUUUUGUAAACUAUGAUAUGUAACUUUAACAUUGAGCAAAAGUUUAUUAUUUAAUAAUAAUAAUGAUAAUAAUGUAUGUAUUAGCAGUAGAAUGUCGUAACCUGUACCUGGGGUGUUUUUUAUAGAUGUAUAUACAAUGACAGGUUUCAACCAUUAAAUGUGACCAUUUCACAAUGA